UUCUUUUGUAAGCUGACAUGAAGUAGACAGAUCCUCUGAAGUUUUGUGCAUGCUGUGCUUCUUCUCCCCCACCCCCCUUGCUGCAACAAGAAAAGCCUUUUCUUUUAACCUGGCUUCCUUUGAAGAAGUGACUCAGGCAGCUUCAUGGCCUCUCAAGAUCCUCAAGGACAAAUAAACAAAAUCUUUCAGGAUUAUCUCCCGGGUUCUCCAGACCUUCCUAGCCAAAGUAUACCUAUUGAACCUACAAAAGCCUGGAAACACGUACAACCUCCUCACAGCUUGCCUCCUGGUCUGGAAUACCUGAGCCAGCUGGACCAGAUAAUCAUUCACCAGCAGGUGGAGCUUCUUGAAGUCAUACUUGGUACGGAGACCUGCAGCAAAUAUGAGAUAAAAAACCAUUUGGGACAAAGAGUUUACUUUGCAAUGGAAGAAAAUGGUUGCUUUGAUCGUAACUUCUGUUCACCUAUACGGUCUUUCACGAUAAGGAUUACUGAUAACACCGGUCGAGAGGUGAUCACAGUGAAUAGACCCUUGAGAUGUAAUAGCUGCUGGUUCCCUUGCUACAUGCAAGAGUUAGAAGUUCAGUCCCCUCCUGGUACAAUAGUCGGCUACGUUGUCCAGAACUGGGACCCUCUGCUGCCUAAAUUCACUAUACUGAAUGAGAGCAAAGAAGAUGUAUUGAAAAUAAUUGGCCCCUAUGCAACAUGCAGCUGUUUUGGAGAUGUAGACUUUGAGGUAAAAACUCUUAAUGAAAUGUCAACAAUUGGCAAGAUUUCCAAAUAUUGGUCUGGGUUUGUAAACAAUGUUUUUACCAAUGCUGCUAACUUUGGGAUCCAGGUUCCUGUAGAUCUUGACGUGAAAAUCAAGGCUAUAAUGAUUGGAGCUUGUUUCCUCAUAGAUUUAAUGUUCUUUGAGAACUCAUUGGAUGGAUUAUAACAAGCAAGAUGACAGAAACAAUAAAAUAUGCAGAAUGUGUUUCAAACAUGAUCUUCACCAGGGACAGCUCAACCUGCAAUUGAUUUCUAGCCUUUUGAAGAGAACGGUUUUACUUUGUUUGCUGUUUGAUAUUAAACCUUUGACACAA